AUGGACGGACUGUUUACCCUGCUCAGCUUGAGCAUUGUCAUGGCUGUCGCUUCAUUCCUUGCUGGCAUCCUCCCUUUGUCACUGUCACUGUCGACCGCGCAAUUGCGUCUAAUAUCUACAAUUGGAAUGGGCGUGCUGGUUGGCACUUCUCUGGUCGUCAUCAUUCCGGAAGGGGUAGAGACACUAUAUAGCGCUUCUGGAGUCGGCCACCCACAUAGCCAUGCGAAGAGAUAUGUCAUUUCGCGCGAAGCGGACGUACGAUGGCCGAAUUACUUUACACCAGAAGACCUACAUACUGUCGUCGCACGGGCGAAUGGGGACAAUUCCAACGCUUUCAAUGUACCCGGCCCUGUCAUCCCCUCAGGCAUGGAUCCCCCACCGCGAACUCCUACGAAACCUGGGGUGGUUGGCAUAAUGGACGCGGGGGAUGAGAGUGACAAGGCACGGGAGAAGACACCUGUCAAAACGAAAGAAGAUCACGACGAAUCUGAACACGCGUGGAUUGGCGUGGCUUUGCUGGCGGGUUUUAUGCUCAUGUAUUUGAUCGACAAGGUGCCGCAAUACACCAGACCGUCAAAGCCAAGAACGAGGACUCACCACAUUGCCUUGAACAAUCUUGGCCGCCGCUUCAACUUAACCACGUCCCUGGACCGAGACGACGAGGCGGACACUUUCUUGGACUCCCCGGAAGGGACACGCCUGCGGAAUCGGAGCUUUGCGACCACCAUCGGGCUGGUCAUUCACGCAGCUGCUGAUGGAAUCGCCCUGGGAGCCUCGUCCACGGCUACCAAUACCGGAUUGAGUUUUGUGAUUUUCUUUGCUAUCAUGAUCCAUAAGGCGCCUGCGGCUUUUGGCCUGACCUCCGUCUUGAUCAAGCAAGGACUAUCUAAACGAGCGGCCCGGGGCCAUCUGGUCCUUUUCAGUCUGGCUGCACCCGCAGGUGCUCUUCUUACCUGGCUACUGGCCCAUGUUCUGGGUGGCGGACGCAGUCACAGUGCGGAGAAGACUACGUGGUGGACUGGGAUGCUUCUGUUGUUCUCGGCCGGGACAUUUCUCUACGUUGCUAUGCAUUCUAUGCAAGACACAGCAAAUUCUCACCUGGAGCCCAUCAACGGACAGUCCAAUGGCUAUGUGGAUGGACGCGAUGUGCAAGCAAAUGAGCCUAAAGCCUCUUGGAAGGAUCUUGGAGCGGCAUGCUUUGGAAUGAUUUUGCCGUUGUUCCUGCAGGUUGGACAUGCACAUUGA